UCAGAGCUGUGCUUAAAUACUCAAAUAUCAUUAUUUUUCGGCCACAAAUUUAAACAGAUCAAAUUCCCUUUGGAAAGGUAGAGGUUUCGAAAUUUACUCCGAUAUGACGCACUUUUAUUAUCCCAACAAGGAGCUGCAGGAAGAGCUAUCCUGCAUCGCCAAGGCUCUGGUGACCCCCGGCAAGGGUCUCCUGGCGGCAGACGAGUCCAGUGCGGUGAUGGGCAGGCGUUUCCAGCUAAUCGGUGUGGAGAACACCGAGGAGAAUCGUCGCCUAUAUCGUCAGAUGCUCUUCACCACCGAUCCCAAGAUAUCCGAGAGUAUUUCAGGGGUGAUUUUCUAUCACGAAACCCUGCAUCAGCGGACAGACGAUGGAAUUCCGUUUGUGGAGGUCCUGAAGAAGAAGGGCAUCCUGACGGGCAUCAAAGUGGACAGGCACUUCUCGCCACUCUUUGGCUCAGAGGAUGAGUUCACCACCCAGGGACUGGAUGAUCUGGCUAGUCGAUGUUCGCAAUGCAAGAAGGAGGGCUGCAGCUUCGCCAAGUGGCGGUGCAUCCUGAAGAUAUCCAAGAAUACACCUUCACCGCAGGCCAUUAUGGAGAACGCCAAUGUGAUGGCUCGUUAUGCGGCCAUCUGCCAAUCGCAGCGCCUGGUGCCGAUCAUAAGUCCCGAGAUCCUGGCCACCGGCGAUCACGAUCUGGAUCGAUGCCAAAAGGUUACUGAGACCGUGCUGGCUGGCGUCUACAAGGCCCUCUGCGAUCAUCACAUCUACUUGGAGGGCACUCUGCUGCAGCCGAGCAUGGUGACUCCCGGUCUGCAGAGCAACAAGAAUCACCCGCCCGCGGACAUUGGUCUGGCCACGGUUUUGGCCAUAAGACGCACGGUUCCCCCAGCGGUUCCUGGAGUCCUCUUCUGCUGCGGUGCCCAAUCGGAGGAGGAGUCCUCUGUCUCUUUGAGUGCCAUUAACAACGUGCCCCUGUGCAAGCCUUGGGCCAUGAGUUUUGCCUUCGAUCGGGCCUUGCAGACUUCGAUCCUACGAACUUGGGGUGGCAAAAAGGAACAGCUACAUCAUGCCCAAAACGAGCUGCUUAAACGCUGCAAGGCAAACAGUCUGGCCUGCAUUGGCAAAUAUGUCGUGGGUUCAAUAGAAAGCUCAGCGGGCACAGAGAGGCUCGUACAAGAAGCCAUCGACUUUUAAAUUUCACACAUUAGCCAUUGAAUAAAUUUUUAAAAUUUUUAGUGUACAAUUAAGAAUGAAUUUGCUUACAAAAAUACAUAUUUAAUAAUACA